AUGGGGGACUGGGCUAUUCUUGGUCGUUUUCUCGCAGAAGUUCAGAACCACUCCACGGUUAUUGGCAAGAUUUGGCUAACAAUGCUGCUUAUCUUCCGCAUCAUGCUUGUAGCCCUGGUAGGGGAUGCUGUGUACAGCGAUGAACAGUCUAAGUUCACCUGUAACACCCUGCAGCCCGGCUGCAGCAAUGUCUGCUAUGACACAUUUGCUCCCGUCUCCCACCUACGCUUUUGGGUCUUCCAGAUUGUUCUAGUCUCCACACCUUCCAUCUUCUACAUCGUCUAUGUCCUACAAAAAGUUACCAAGAAGGAAAGUUCAGAGGUCAGGAAGGUUACUGCGAUGCCCAAAACCUCGCCUCUGCUUGAAAGACAGAACCAUUUAAGAAUAGAAAAAGAGACAGUCCUGGAAGCUGGCAGUUCUUUUGACACUGCUUUCACAAAUGAGGACUGGAGCUCGUUGGAAAGUGAGUAUGAAGAGCGCCAGCUGGAAGGAGAAAUCAGAGAAGUUCGUGAGGAUCCAACCCAACUUUCAAGUAAAGUACUGCUCAUCUACAUCAUUCAUGUUCUGCUGCGCUCCAUCAUGGAGAUAAUCUUCCUGAUCGGGCAGUACUACCUUUUUGGAUUUGAAGUCCCACAUCUGUUCCGCUGUGAGACCUACCCUUGUCCGAACAGAACCGACUGCUUUGUGUCUCGUGCAACAGAGAAGACCAUCUUUCUGAACUUCAUGUUCAGCGUCAGCCUCGGCUGCUUCAUCUUGAACAUUGUGGAACUACAUUAUCUGGGCUGGAUUUACAUAUUCCGAGUGCUGCUCUCUGCAUGUUGCAUAUGCUGCGAGUCAAGCAGAGACCCCAUGCAGCAGGUGGAAUUGUACUCCUACAGCAACCCACUGUUGCUUGAGCUCAAGCACUCUUUGCAUGGAAGAGUUGUCCUGCAGACGACUGCAGCAAUGUCCCGGGACAGGGGUGGUGGGGUCCCAAACCAGGUCCCGGCCAUCUCCUUCGAGACAGACUCGACUUUGGAGUGCAGUUCAAAGAGAACUUCAGACGAAAGGGAUCGCAGCAAAACUAGACCACACAACAUGGCCAAAAUAGGAAGAGGCAAGAAAUCAUGGCUGUGA